GCCGCGCCUGUGUACGGUUAUAUCGAACAUUACCAGUUCACCUCGACAGAAGUGAAAACGCGCGGAACCAACAAAAAAUCUCCCAAUGGGUGAAAUUUUAGGCGAGAUGUUGCCAACAUGUGAACGCGCCUCGGAAAAACAUUAACACGCUGACUUGAUUGUGAAUGUGAUUUUGUUUUGUUGCAGUCUGUGAAAAUACGAUAUACGAGGCGGAACAAGUUUGGAACAAACGGCGCGUCUUUCUGAAGAAACAGAAACAAAAGAUGUCGCUUCGCAAUUUUCCGGAAGUUUUGAGAAGCGGAUCGCAAGUGGAAGGCGGUCUGUCAGGACCGGCGAAUCCGAUACCCAAUCAGUCAAUUGAUUGCGGCUGCGGGCAGUUGCAAUGUCCGAAACUGGCGAAAUUUGCGACGCGCAAACUCUUCGUGGGAUUGAUUUGUUGGCUCGGCGUGGUGCAAGCCGCGUCGCACGCUUAUUUUCAAGUGGCUGGAUCUACGAUAGCCAGGAGGUUUCACAUCGAUCCUUAUUUAAUGGACUGGAUUCUCGUAGUGGCGGAUUUGACACCUAUCGUCCUCGGAUUGGUAAUAGCUUACUGGGGCGAUAAAAUACACAGAGCUUCGUGGAUAGGCGCCUUGACACUUUUGCAAAGCGUGUCGUACUUUAUUUUGAUAAUACCUCAUUUAACGCAUCGCGUACGUGUUAUCGAGGACACGCAGAACGCAACUCACAUGUCAUUAUACGCCGACGACAGUCCGGAAUUGUGCAAUUCCGCGCUAUCCAGAGUCAUCAUAGAAGAAACCGAGACCUGUUACACCACCAUCGUUAUCUUAAUUCUAGUGUUAAUCACAACUGGAAUGGGGAACAUUGCGUAUUACGCCUUGGGAAUUUCUUACUUAGAUGAUAACACGAAAAGAAAACACGUGGCCGCCUUCAUCGGUAUAAUUAUUGCCUUAAAAAUCGUCGGCGUUCUCUUCGGAUACUUUUUGGGAUGGGGAUGUCUUCGGAUAGACGCGGAAGAUUUCUCUGUCAUAAAUUCGUACGAGGAUCAAAUCGGCGCGUGGUGGCUUGGAUUUCCAAUUCUGUCUGUAUUACUAGUGGUUCCCGGCUUGUUGCUUUCGUGGUUUCCCAGAAGAUUACCUUCAGAGGUUGUCGAGCAAGCCGCAGCCUCACUUCUUGAUUCGUCCGCCUCGCUGUACAAUCGAGCGCCUCAUCGAACCGUCAGCACGAAGGUCGGCAGCCCCGACUUCUGGCCGUCAUUCUGCAGAUUGAUCACGAACAAGAUUUUGAUGUGCAACGUGUUCGCAACGGUAUUUUGCGCGGUGGCGCUUCUGAACUUCAUAAAACACGAAGAUAUUAUUUUGGAAUCGAGAUUUCACAUGCCCAGACCGACGGGAAUGCUUCUCGGAUUUAGCGAUCCACUGUUGUCCCGGCUAAUCAGCAAUAUUGUAAGACCAGUUUUAGUUGGUCUGAUUAUAAUCGUCAGCGGCUUGGUGUUGGCUAAGGGAAAGCCACGAGCGAGAUUCAUCAUUGGCUACAGUUUGGUCAUAGUGAUUUUGAUAGUGGCAAUAAUCACCUCGCUAAUCUUCGCCACUUGCGACAAACCGCCUGUCGUUGGCUUGCCCGAAAGCCCCAACGGUUUGGUGAAAUCCUGCAACAAGUAUUGCCGUUGUUCAAGCGACGCCGAUUUUCGGCCGGUGUGCGAAAGUUCCGGAAAGCUCACGUUCUACAGCCCUUGCUACGCCGGAUGCACCACAAUUAUCUACGUCGACAACGUAAAGAUAUACAGUGGUUGUACAUGCGUGAAAGACAUGACAACAUGGGAUAACGACCAAGCAAAAGAUGGCCCGUGCGAAUCGGACAAAUGUCAAGCCGGCUGGUUAUUUUUUGAGUUUGGAUCUGUAUUGGCGUAUGCACUGAUCGCAUCCACUUUUGUGGGAGAUUUACUGAUCAACCUGAGAUCCGUCUACAAGCAGGACAAAGCGCUCAGCAUAGGUUUCUGGAUGAUGUGGAUCGCUCUUUUCGUCUUCGUUCCCGGCAGAAUUCUUUACGAAUACGUGGCGCGCCAGACGUGUAUAUAUUGGGGCAGCAAAGGGGCUAUUUGUCAUUUGCACGACAACGAAAAGCUCGUGAACUACUUGUGCUACAUGACAAUAAUGUUUUUGUCAUUGAGUCAUAUGUUCAAAAUUCUCGUUUGGUUCUUCUGUAAGAACUUGCAAUUGUACGAACAGGUAAAGAUCGAAAGUAAAGAUGAAGAAAGUGGCGCCUUGCAAUCGCUGGUUAGUCCAGAAACACCAGCCGUGCAACAAGAAAUAACGAACGACGCAGUUAACAACAAUAAUGUUGAUACAAGACAAAUCGAGGCGGUGGUCGAACCAGAAUCGAGGACAGGACCGAAUUCAACGGGAGAAACCUCUUCGAGGAAAGAAGAACGUACUCAAAAGAGCGUACCUUUGAAAUACGGUCCGCUAGGUCCGGGAGAUCGUCGAACGAGUUGGAAUCCUCCGGCGAAGCACGAUAAGAAAUCGACGAUCCAAAAUCUGGAUUCCGAAGAUGAGCUAAACAGCUCGAGCGACGAGAGUAAGAAACAAUCGAAUCCACAAAUAGCUUACGCACCGCUGGAGAUCGAUUCCGACGUCGAGAGCGAUCUCAGUAGCGUCGGUCCUAGAUCGAGAAAGCGCAUUUCGAGCAAGGAUUACGACCCAAGUCAGGACGAUCGGCUCUCGUCCAAGAACUCGUCUCUAAAACGACGGUUUCCGAAUCCCGAUAACUACGAGGAUCCGCGAAAGACUCAGAAUAUCAAAUUCAAGAAUCACAAGGGUCGUGAGGACGGUUCCUCGAAGACAAGCAGCUUCGAGUUCUCGAAGAAAGGUCAAGAGACCGCAGUCAAACAGGGCGAUUUCAAUGAGGUUGGCAUACCGAUAGAUCCAAACGGUAAGAGCAACACGGGGCACUUGAAGGACGUGAAGUCGCUGAUCGAUCAAUACGAGCAGAACGUGAGUCAGGAAACUUUGAGCGAUGAUCAGUUAUCGGUGAAAUCGAUGGAGGAUACGAGAAAUCGAUCGGAGAGCAAACUGGGUAUACCUUUGGUAGCCAUGGUUCCUACUUCCAGGUUGUCCUCCCGGAAACAGUCUCCUACAGAUUCUGGCAGCUUGCCUAACAUUCAAGACAAGAACUCGCAUUCAGAGAGACGGCAAACUCCCAGCCCGAAACACUCCGCCAAAGAAGAUAAACCGAUUCAUCAAACUGAUCUUUAAAGUUGUUCUAAUACACGUUGUUGUUUUGUAAUACACAUGACACAUACACACACACACACACACAUGUGAGAACAUCAAGUUCUGUGUAUAUUGUGUGAUAACAAAAUCGGUAAUUCAUUAGUAAAAGUAAACGGUAUCAAAGACAUACUCGUUCAAUGCAUGCGCAACAAAAAGUUUCAAUAAUUUAUCUCGAUGUGAUCAAGCAUUGUAUAAUUUUAAAUUAAAAUGUUUAUAUAAUAUAUACGUACGUAUGUAUGAUUUGUGCGGCGUAUGCAGAAACUGAUCUUCCGUGACUGAUGAAAAUGUGCAUUUCCAUUCAUUAACUCUCGAUAAUAAUUCGUAGUUCUACUUGUUUGUAAGAUUGUUUGUUAAAUAAGACUUUUGCCUCUUAUCAGCCCAUUUGUUAUUUCUUAUAAAUGAUUUUAUACUUAACGAGACAUAUAUGUAAUCUUGUGUAUUCUUUGUGUAAUGACACACAUUUUAUUGUU